CUUGUCGCAGGAAGUGGCGUGUGUCUGUGUGUGUGAGAGCGGCGUGAGCGGGCUCAGCUAAAAUGGACGCUGACUUGUACGAUGAAUUUGGUAACUACAUUGGGCCUGAAUUGGAUUCAGAUGAUGAUAAUGAUGACGAUGACAUGGGGAGAGAUGACAGGGAUGUGGAUGUGGCAGAAGAUGAGGAUGAUGAUGAGUAUACGGGGGAUCCUGAUGAUGAUCGUGGAGGAAUGGAAGUUGUGCUGCAUGAAGACAAAAAAUAUUAUCCCACCGCAGAGGAAAUUUAUGGCCCAGAGGUGGAAACCAUUGUGCAGGAGGAAGACACCCAGCCGCUUACUGAACCAAUUAUUAAACCAGUGAAGGCUAAAAAGUUUUCUAUGAUGGAGCAGGGACUGCCAGCAACUGUUUAUGAGAUGGACUUCCUCGCCGAUCUAAUGGACAAUCCUGAACUGAUCCGGAAUGUGACUCUCUGUGGCCACCUGCACCAUGGAAAGACCUGUUUUGUGGACUGUUUGAUUGAGCAAACGCACCCAGAGAUCCGCAAGCGCCAUGACCAAGAUCUUUGCUACACAGAUAUUCUUUUUACCGAGCAGGAGAGAGGAGUUGGUAUGAAGAGUACACCUGUGACAAUUGUGGUUCCAGACACCAAGGAGAAGUCUUACCUGUUCAAUAUUAUGGACACACCAGGUCAUGUUAACUUUUCAGAUGAAGUUACAGCUGGAUUUCGGAUCUCUGAUGGAGUGGUGUUGUUUAUUGAUGCUGCUGAGGGGGUUAUGCUGAACACAGAGAGACUGAUUAAACAUGCUGUUCAGGAACGUCUUGCCGUCACUGUCUGCAUCAACAAGAUAGACAGGCUGAUUCUUGAGCUUAAGCUGCCUCCGACUGACGCCUAUUACAAACUGCGGCACAUUGUGGAUGAAGUGAAUGGACUGCUUAGCAUGUAUUCCACAGACGAGAACCUAAUUCUCUCUCCUCUCCUGGGAAACGUCUGUUUUGCUAGCUCACAGUACAGCAUCUGCUUUACAUUGGGAUCAUUUGCCAAGAUUUAUGCUGACACAUACGGGGACAUCAAUUACCAGGAGUUUGCAAAGCGAUUGUGGGGAGACAUCUACUUCAAUCCGAAAACCCGCAAGUUCACCAAGAAAGCCCCUACAAGCAGCUCACAACGCAGUUUUGUGGAGUUCGUACUGGAACCUCUCUACAAGAUUCUGGCUCAGGUGGUGGGGGAUGUAGACACCACUCUGCCGCAGACUCUAGAGGAGCUGGGAAUUCAUCUGACCAAAGAGGAGCUGAAACUGAACAUCCGUCCCCUCCUGAGACUUGUCUGUAACCGCUUCUUCGGGGAAUUUACCGGUUUUGUGGAUAUGUGCGUCCAGCACAUCCCUUCACCCAAAGCGGGGGCAAGAGCCAAAAUUGAACACACCUACGCAGGGGGCAUUGAUUGUGAACUAGGGGAGGCCAUGAGUGAAUGUGACCCAGAUGGCCCUCUUAUGUGUCACACCACCAAGAUGUAUAGCACAGAUGAUGGGGUGCAGUUCCAUGCAUUUGGGCGGUUACUGAGUGGAACAAUCCAUGCUGGGCAACCAGUCAAAGUUUUGGGAGAGAACUAUACACUGGAGGAUGAAGAGGACUCUCAAGUUUGCACUGUAGGGAGGCUGUGGGUGUCUGUAGCUAGGUAUCACAUUGAAGUGAACAGAGUUCCAGCUGGAAACUGGGUGUUGAUUGAGGGUGUGGACCAGCCAAUUGUGAAGACGGCAACCAUCACAGAGCCACGGGGCAAUGAGGAGGCUCAGAUUUUUCGACCGCUAAAGUUCAACACCACGUCCGUUAUUAAAAUUGCUGUGGAACCAGUCAACCCCUCAGAAUUGCCCAAGAUGUUGGAUGGGUUGAGGAAGGUCAACAAGAGCUACCCUUCCCUUACUACCAAGGUGGAGGAGUCCGGGGAGCAUGUGAUCCUCGGUACCGGAGAGCUGUAUCUGGACUGUGUCAUGCAUGACCUCCGCAAGAUGUAUUCAGAGAUUGACAUUAAGGUGGCAGAUCCCGUGGUUACCUUCUGCGAGACUGUAGUGGAAACCUCAUCACUGAAAUGUUUUGCUGAGACACCAAACAAGAAAAAUAAGAUCACAAUGAUUGCGGAGCCGCUGGAGAAAGGAUUGGCUGAGGACAUAGAAAAUGAAGUGGUGCAGAUUUCCUGGAACAGGAAGAAGCUGGGAGAGUUUUUUCAGACCAAAUAUGACUGGGAUUUGCUUGCUGCCCGUUCUAUUUGGGCUUUUGGACCAGACACAACUGGACCAAAUAUUUUGGUUGAUGACACGCUCCCCUCCGAGGUGGAUAAGGCGUUGCUGAGUUCAGUCAAAGACAGCAUUGUACAGGGAUUCCAGUGGGGAACAAGAGAGGGUCCGUUGUGUGAUGAGUUGAUCCGCAAUGUCAAAUUUAAGAUCUUGGAUGCUGUUAUCGCACAGGAGCCCCUACACCGUGGUGGGGGACAGAUCAUCCCCACAGCCCGAAGAGUGGUUUACUCCGCCUUCCUAAUGGCAACUCCUCGUCUAAUGGAGCCCUAUUAUUUUGUGGAAGUACAAGCCCCUGCAGACUGUGUCUCUGCUGUUUAUACUGUUUUGGCCCGAAGAAGAGGGCAUGUGACUCAGGACGCCCCAAUUCCUGGGUCGCCUCUUUACACAAUCAAAGCCUUCAUCCCAGCAAUAGAUUCAUUUGGGUUUGAAACUGACCUGCGAACACACACCCAGGGACAAGCCUUCUCCUUGUCUGUCUUCCAUCACUGGCAGAUUGUUCCUGGAGACCCUCUGGAUAAAAGCAUCAUUAUACGGCCCUUGGAACCACAACCAGCACCACACCUUGCCAGGGAGUUCAUGAUAAAGACAAGGCGUAGGAAGGGCCUAAGCGAGGAUGUGAGUAUCAGCAAAUUUUUCGACGAUCCUAUGUUGCUGGAACUGGCGAAACAGGAUGUGGUGCUAAAUUAUCCUAUGUAAAAGGGACAUGUGUCCAUCCAACCCCCGUGAUUGUACUCUCCCUCAUUCCAUAAGGCCACAUACUCUCACACAACAGCUACCUGGUACUUCUGUCGUCAAACCAGACAUGAGUUACAGUUGUUAAACCACUGCCAGCGGGGUUAGACAGGCAUAGGUCAGGUUUCUGGCCACUUUGUAAAACAACCCCAGUCGCUAUGUUCCUAUUUUUUUUGAGCAGUGCGUCCAGAGAUUGAGAAUCCCAAAUUGUCCAAACAAUGUCCAUAGAGUGGAAGCAUAAAGCACGCCUGACCUUGCAGGGUUAUUUGUGUGACGUGUACAUACUGUUUAUUUUUAUGUUUUAAAAUAAACAUAACGAUAAUUUGUAA